AUGUUAUCAAUGGUAUUCCGUUGUAUCUCUCUGAAGACUCUCCGAUUUCCAACUUCUGGAGCAUUUGCAAUGUGCAUUCUUGCUUAUAUGAUACCAUUGAGUAUGGUUAUUUCGAUAAGAGAUAUCGAGAUAACUUCCAAUUUUACAAUUAACAGUAACUAUACUCUAUGGCAGUUGGAGAAUUUGGAUAGAUACAGGACAGUGGUUGGGACAAGUGUGGCACAGCUCUCGACUCUAUGGGUUGCAUGUUGUGUGAGCCUACUGUGCAUACCCAUAUAUAGUGUCAUGUUCUACUGUAGAUAUAGGAUUCUGAAAAUGUUGGAACGACCCGGAUACAUGUUCAAUACAACAACAACGUUGCAAAUAAAGCGGCUUGUGAAGGCUCUCACAGUUCAAUCGAUGAUCCCUGUGUUCACAUUGUUCCCCGCUUCUCUUAUUUUUCUAUCUACUCAAUUUCAUGUUAUCGAGACAACAAAGUUCGGAUACAUUAUCAUUUCCUUAUUAAGUCUGAGCCCUACGAUCGACCCACUGGUUACCAUUUAUUACGUGCAACCCUAUCGAAAGUACAUUGUCGAUUUACUAUGGUUUGAGGAACGUCCGAUAGUCUCUCCAUUUCUUUCGAACAACGAUCCGAGAUUCUACAGAAGUCGUUCGAAUAGUGUCCUCAUGAUGCGAAACACCCAUUUCGUUUGA